CGGAUGGCCUCAGCUACUUCUCCAUGCACGGGCUCCAUGCCACGGAAUGUAAAUAGUCCCGACCGAGGCACCAUUACCAUGUCGACUCAAGUUCAGAAUGCCUAUGCAAACGGCUACGACAUGGCACUGAGAUUCAACACCGACGGACUCGGAAUCACGUACAUCGGUCUCGUCAUCGCGUGGACUUGCCUCUUGCUUCCUGCUGCUGUUUUUCUCAUUCGCAACCGACAUCUGCCGUACCUACGUAUCCGGAACAUCCCUCUCGCGGUCAGUGCCGUUGCGACUCUUCAUGUUUACUGGGUCCUGUGUAUGAUCGCCUAUGUCCUCAACGGGUAUUUCCCCUGUGCCACCGAGUAUUGGAUCAUGAGUAUCUACCUGCCACUGGGCAUUGCUCUCUUCCAAGCGACAAACUCCCAGUUGCUCUCGGUGGCAACGGCACAGAAGCGAUAUGCCCAUGGAGAUCUCUUGGUCGAGUCCAAGCCACCCACAGACCUGAAGACUCCAGUAUGGCGGAAGUGGUGGCACAGACUCAGGACAUACAACGCUACAAAGAAUACCAUGGCAUGGAUUGGCAUCGGCAUGAGCGCCCAGGUUGUCUUCGCACUCAUAAUCUUUCUUGUUUCCCGAAAAUUCCACCCGGGGUUCGGGGUCACAGGAGAUGUGACCACAAGAUCACUCUGCCGACGUGGAUGGGAAUGGUGGCCCUCAAUCGCGUGGCAGAUCUUCUGGUCAUGGAUGUAUGCUCCCGUACUUCUCUGGAGGGUUCGAAAUAUCCGUGAUGUUCAUGGAUGGCGAGCGCAAACCAUCGCCUGCAUUGUUGCUGGGUUACCUGCCUCACCCAUGUGGUUAGUCGCAUUGUAUGCUAAACCCUUGCAAACGACUGUGGACAAGUAUUUUGUCCCUCCUCUAUGGUUUUCUCCUUCGAUCGUCAUCAUGCAGGCGUCAGUCAUCUUUGUUCCUUUCUUUCAGAUAUUCAAGAACAGAAAACUUGAAACUGAAACACGAGAGAUCAUCGCCGAGUGGGAGGAAAAGCAGAAGUUCAACGGUUCGUUGAAUGCAGGAUCCACGAAAGGUGCAGUUCGAUCACGGAAUUCUACGCGCCAGUCUGUCAAGAGCACCACAAGCGCUCGCCAAGGAGAGAUGUACACCAUGAGCGCGCUCGAGACAACCCUGAAACUGAAUCCCACUCCUCUUCUCAUGUUCUCGGCGUUGAAGGACUUCUCAGGAGAAAACAUUAGCUUUCUAAUCCACGUCCGAGAUUGGAAGACUGUCUGGCUUACUGGGACUCCCAAAUCCGGGUUACUGCGCAAGCAAGGACAUACCAAGACACACGAGCAGGACUUGGUCCGACGACAGUUUCAACAAGCGGUUGGAAUUUAUGCCUCCUUCGUGAGCUUGAAAUAUUCCGAGUUCCCGAUAAACAUCUCUUCAGCUCAUCUCAGAGACCUCGAGGCUAUCUUCGAGCAAUAUGCUGCCCUGGUCUGCGCAGAACCGACGUCCAAUGCCGCCACGCCGUUUGAAAACUAUUGGUCAUCUACAGUAUCCGAGGAUCUGGAAAGCCAGAUGGGAAAAGACCAACUAUCCGUCGUGUCGACGGUGAUUGGAGAAGGUGGCCGAGACGACUUGAAACGCGACAACAGUGAAUCACUGCAGCUGCAACAGUUGAAGAUGACCAAUUUCGGCGAGAGACUGCCCGUUAAUAUCGGCAUUCCCGACGCUUUCGAUGAGACGGUUUUCGACAAGGCUGAGCUCAGCAUCAAAGAGUUGGUCCUGACCAACACAUGGGCCAAGUUCGUCAAAGCCGGGUUCGCUCAGAACAGUGCCAAGUCGAGCUUUACUGCUCGGUUUGAGGCAGCAGUUGACGCUUGUCGACUUCGAUUUCCAGGCCGACUUCCAAAGCUUGCUGGCAAGCUAAGGAAAUGAAGUCAAUAAUUUUUAGGGCGGCAUCUUUGUGGGCUCAUAGCGUGGAGACUUUAUGAAGGCAAAAAGGUCGGAAAAAGAGUUGUGCAACGGAAAUUGAUACCAAAUGUCACGGAUUUGUCUGCGUAUGCUAUGGGGGUCUAGGAUUGCUCCGACAUCACUCUCGCUGGAAAUCGAGGAUACUAUCACGGAAUACCCAAGGGAGAGUUGCAUUGUCCUCUGUAUCGACCAGAUUUCGGGGUAUUGGCAGAGCCUGGAGAGAUGAUGGCUGAUGUAUUUGUUAUCUGCG